AUGACCACCAAGGGGACACACUUAUCCACGCGGAGCAUCGCGGGCAGCCUCAGAGGCUACCUGGAUGCCUCCUGCUAUUUGUGGUACCUCGUGGCGUUCUGCCUAUCCCUCAACUGCGGCCUGUCAUGCGCAGAGGCGACACCUACGGCUAUCACACCCGUUGCUGCGGCAGCAGCAGCUGCGGCUGCAGUGCUUCUGUCACCUCCCGUGGAAAGCAAGAAGGUUCUGGGAAUUGCACGGGGAGCAAAUUUCGAGGCAAUCGGCGACUUUUGCUUUACUGUUCCCCCCGGCAGCAGAGGUGCCUUGAUGGUCGAGACGAUGCUGCAUGAGGAAGGCCAUGAGCUGCUCAUACACCCCAAGUCUGCGGCAGUGGAGUACGAGGCAGCAACAGCGGCUGCGGGAGUUCCUCUCGACGCAGCAGGCGAGGCAACUCUCGCUGCAACCUGCAGAGCCAUCCGCAAGAAUUCCAUUGUAAGACAAAGUCUUGCCGGAUCCCCUUCGGAGAGUCAGCUCAGCACUGGCAUGCCGUCGUUCUUUGAAUUGAACCUGGCCAUCGAUUCGUCACUGGAUGGGAGUGAUGUUACAGCAUGGAUCACACGAUGCGAUGAGGGCAAGCAGCUGAAUGCGGCUUACUCUGCAACAUUCCUCAAUCCUGGCAGUUUCUUCUACAGACAGUUCUCGUGUCAAGACCAGGGCUUGUUGCCGCUCUACAUGGUCUUGUCGCUUUUUGCACUGGCGAUCUGUCUGUCUGCUCUUGCCGUGGGACUUGCGGUAGCAGCUCUGCUGAGUAUGCUAGGAGCCUCUGUGACACCUGAUGAGUUGAACCCUGCAGCGCUGUACACCACGCUCCGUGUCUCUUCCUUACCAUACCCCCUCCUCUCUCCUUUCUGUUUCGAUCUUGUGGAUGCUCAGCUUGUUCCAGGCGGGCGCGAUGCUCUCUGUGGAGCUGCUCUGCCUUUGCAGGUUACAAAAGAUAGCGCUGCGGCGCAUGCCGACAAACAGGGAAAGGAAAGACGAAGUGUCGAGCCUAUGGAAGGAAGUGCAUUGGAGUAUGCUGGGUUAAGAACAGGAAUUUUGGCAGCCGCCAUUGUUGCAGCCCGAAGUAAUUGGCUAGGCCAAGUUGAGGCUGCUUCUUUGAUGCCGAAAGGGCUGAAAGCAGAGGGAGGGUCGCAAGGGGUCAUGCUGGGACUGCGGGCUUGUUGCAAUAACUUCGAUAACAGACUUGAAGAAUGCAGACUGACACACGGCGAGCUCAAAGCCUUACAGGCACAUGCACGCUUUAGAUGGGGCAAGAUUUGUGAAGAAAUUUAA